AUGAAAAUAACAAUAAUACUUGCACUACCACCACCUCCACCAACACUUUCACCUCCAUCAACACUACCAUCACACUACCACCACACUACCACCUCCACCACCAAAACCACCUCAACUACCACCAGCACCACCACCUCCACCACUACCACACAUCCACCUCUACCACCACAACAACCAACACCACAAUCACACCGCCGCCGCUACACCACCUCAACUACCACACCACCACCACCAGCACACGACCGUCACCACCAUUACUGA